UUGUUCAAUGGUAAUGUUCCCUCUUCCUCUUCAUCAUCAUCGGCCUCUCUUCCUCUUCUUCCUGUUGCAGCAGCGUUAGCUCAUGAUGCUGAAUCCUCAUCUGUUGAUCAUACUUAUACUCCUGUUUCCCGCCCUCUCAGAUGCCGAGUGUAACCCUGACGACAGAGAGUCUCUGGUCAAGGCCUUCCCCAACUUGCAGUGGCCAGGCAACUUGGAUUGCUGCUCCUGGGAUGGAGUCUCCUGCGAUGAGAGAGGGCAUCGGGUGGUCGGGUUAUCCAUACCCAGCAGAGGCCUCCGCGGUGACAUCCCUCCCUCUCUCCAGAAUCUCACCUCUCUUUCCUUCCUCAAUCUCUCUUGCAACUUCCUCUCUGGUCCCCUCUCGCUUUCCAACAACCUCACCACUCUUGACCUGAGCUACAACAGGCUCUCCGGAUCCUUACCCAACGCCUUCCCUCCCACCCUCCGCUCUCUCAAUCUCUCUAGCAACCGCUUCACCGGCCCUAUGAACCAGUUCCACAGCCUCAUCGCCCUCAACGUCAGCAACAACAGCCUUUCCGGCACCAUCCCCCCCUCCAUCUGCACCCUCUCCCCCGGCUUACUCAUCCUAGAUUUCUCCUUGAACGACUUCACUGGAGACAUCCCCCAGGGCUUCGGUGCCUGCUCCACUCUCCAGGUUCUCAGCCUGGGCUUCAACAAUCUCACCGGAGGGAUUCCAGCCGACAUCACUGCCGCCCGAUCCCUGCAACACCUCUCCCUACCUGGAAACUAUCUUUCCGAUGGCAUCCCUGAAAACAUUACCCACCUCGCAAGCCUCAGGACCCUCGUCUUGUUUGGCAACAUGCUCUCCGGUUCCAUCCCUCGCACCAUCGGCAGGCUCUCCUUGCUGGAGAAGCUGGAGCUUCACAUCAAUCGCCUCAACGGAACCCUGCCUCUCUCUUUGACCAAUUGCAAAAGCCUUCAACUCCUCAAUCUGAGGGUCAACUUCUUAGGGGGCAACCUUUCUAAUUUCGAUUUCUCCAAUUUCGGUCAACUCACCAUACUUGACCUGGGUGAAAAUCGCUUCAGCGGGGUCCUUCCUAAAACCCUCUUCUCCUGCAAAUCUCUAACUGCAAUCCGAUUCGCCACGAAUAGGCUGGAGGGUGAGAUCCCCCCUGACGUCCUCCAGCUGCCAUCCCUCUCCUUCCUCUCCCUUUCAAACAAUACCUUCAAGAACAUCAGUGCAGCAUUCAGUAUUCUGCACACCCAUCAAAAGCUCACCACUCUCAUCCUCUCCAAGAACUUCUUCAACGAAACCCUGCCCACCGCAGGCGUUUCAGGCUUUCGCAAUCUUAAGAUCAUGGGCCUAGGUGGCUGCAAGCUCCACGGUCAGAUUCCCGCUUGGCUGCAGACACUCACCAACCUGGAGGUAAUUGACCUCUCUCAAAAUAACAUUAAUGGCACCAUUCCAGGCUGGCUGCAAACACUCCCAAAUCUCUUUUAUCUCGAUUUAUCUAAUAAUUCUCUGUCUGGAGGUUUUCCUGUGGAGCUUACUAGACUUCCAGCACUCGCAUCACAGCAAGUGCUGGCUCAUGUUAACAGCAGUUACUUGGAACUGCCUGUGUUUGUUGCCCCCCAAAACGCUUCCUAUCUGCAGUACAACCAGCUGGCUAAACUCCCCCCGGCGUUGUACCUAUCAAGCAAUAACCUGAGUGGUGACAUCCCGGUUGAGAUUGGUAAUAUGCAGUCCAUUCACGUUCUUCAACUCCAACAAAACAAUUUCUCUGGAACCAUUCCCGCUUCAAUGUCAAACCUGACAAACCUUGAACAUCUGGAUCUCUCUCAUAAUCAUUUAUCUGGGGAGAUCCCUACGUCCCUAAACAGCUUGAACUUCUUGUCCUCUUUCAAUGUCGCAUACAACAAUCUAACAGGUACCAUACCAUCUGGGCGCCAGUUUGACACCUUCUCCAACCAGAUGUAUGAAGGGAAUGCAGGGUUGUGUGGUCCACCCAUGCAAAAGUCCUGUAACACCCGAUCGCCAACCACAGAUUCUUCUUCUACUUUUGGACAUAAGAAAGGCCCAAACAAGAAAAUGAUUGUUGGCCUUAUCCUCGGGAUCUGCUUUGGAGUUGGGAUCACUCUCACUUGCCUGGCGCUAUGGAUACUGUCGAAAAGGAGGAUUCUCCCCAGAGGUGAUCCUGAGGUAUUUCAUAUGGACAUGGCGUCCUUCAAUUCCACAUCCGCAGUAGGAGAUGUCCCCAAGGAUACAAGUGGGGUCAUACUGUUCCCAAACAACGCAAAAGACAUCAAGCAUCUGACCAUAACCGAUAUCUUGAAAGCGACCGAGGACUUCAGUCAAGCAAACAUCAUUGGUUGUGGAGGUUUCGGUUUGGUUUACAAAGCAACAUUAGCAAACGGAACAAAACUGGCAGUUAAGAAGCUUUCAGGAGAUAUGGGACUGAUUGCAAGGGAAUUCAAAGCCGAAGUGGAGGCACUCUCAACAGCUCAGCACAAGAAUCUGGUUUCUUUACAAGGUUACUGUGUAUACGAGGGCUCUCAGCUGCUGAUUUAUUCUUACAUGGAAAAUGGAAGCUUGGAUUACUGGCUGCACGAGAAGACGGAUGGUGCAGCCAAACUUGAUUGGCCAACGAGACUGAAGAUAGCUCAGGGAGCAAGCUGCGGGCUAGCUUACAUGCACCAGGUAUGUGAACCACAUAUUGUGCAUCGUGACAUAAAGUCCAGCAACAUCCUUCUUGAUGGGCAGUUUGAAGCAUAUUUAGCAGACUUUGGUUUGUCUAGAUUGAUUCAGCCGUAUAACACGCAUGUCACGACUGAAUUGGUGGGCACCCUGGGGUAUAUCCCACCGGAAUACAGCCAGUCAUGGAUAGCCACCUUGAGAGGGGACAUAUAUAGUUUUGGGGUUGUGAUGCUGGAGCUACUUACAGGAAAGAGGCCCAUGGAGGUAUUUAGGCCCAAGGAGUCUAGAGAGUUGGUAGUAUGGGUCCACCAGUUGAAAAGUCAAGGGAAACAGGGUGAAAUAUUUGACCCGAUUCUAAGGGGCAAGGGUUUUGAAGAAGAGAUGUUGCAGGUUCUUGAUGUUGCUUGCAUGUGUGUGAAUGUCAACCCAGCUAAGAGGCCGGGUAUCAAUGAAGUCGUUGAUUGGCUCCAUAACGUUAAUGUUGGAUCCAACUCCAACCAUCGGAUACCAAAAUAAGGGCACACAGCCUUGGAAACUGUAUGUAAUUAGUUGUCUGUCUUUUGAUUUUUUUUUUUUUUUUUUUUUGUUUCUGCAAAGGAAUUUUUACCUGAUGACUAUGUAAUGUAUGUAUAAAGAAAGAGACAUAUCUCAGCUUCAUACAAUGCAAGCUAUGGCUGGUAAAUACGAACAUAUACAGAUA